AUGACUGUCAGAAAGUCGACGACGAUUACUCCUUUACACAGCCCGAAACGCUCUGGCAUAUGUAUACCGCGAGACACCAGGACUUCUCGACUGCUUCGACGCCUCCGACCGAGGAGCUUGGGUAACCCGUUCCAUAGUAGUACUAUACCCCGUGGGGAGUCGGAGAGUUUGCUGGACGAACCUGAGUUGAUUUCGCGCAUCGUUGAAGUUGCCGAGCCUAUAACGGAGUCUCCUCAUCCAGUCCACACAGAUGGUGCAGCCACGCUCGAGCAGUCCGUACAGGCCACCACCACCUUCGAUGACGGCAGUCCAGAUGCAGAGCAAGGCUCCAAUGUCAUCCCGUCACCUAGGUUAUCGAGCACAAUAUAUACGCUCGAGGACUUCACUCACAUCGAUAUUGUGUCCGGCGAAGCAGACAGACGGAGCUUCAGUAUAUCCCGAGACCAGCCAGCGACAGUCUCGCCUCAGGGCCAUCAUGAUCGUAUAGGCUGCACUGGAACACCCGUACGACUUGGCGACAACCUAGUGGAUGGUUCACUCAUAGUCCCAAACCCAUACUGCGUUAUCGACCCACCGAACGCGAUCGAAAACGACCCGAACCUAGGCCAUUCAGCUCUGAUCAGCGGGAAAUCCCUCGCCCUUGACCUGAAUGAUACCAGCGAGUUCACUGGAAGCUACACAAGCGCUGAGGAACAGCAGCAACAUGAGGUUGCCGAGACGGGCGUCUUGCUGCAGGAGAACCAGCGGCUGCUAGCUGAAGUACGCGAAUUGAGGGAUGCACUGUCCAAACAAAGUUCGCCGCCCAAUUCCCAAGAUGAAGCCAGACCCGGAGGCCAGGGCUCGGUUCAACGUUCUGCCAGAAAUGGCAAACCGAAGAGGCCACUGGUACUUUCCAGCGUGAUCCAAGAUGUCACUUUGCGUGAUCUGGUCCUGAAACGAACGUUCAAGCGUCACAGCCGGACCUCAAGUACUACCGACACGGGCACCAUCACACUCGAUACUCCUUUGUCGGCCGCUCAAGCUACACAUUUCACGCAGGUAAUGGACGACAUAGCGGCGAAGAACCUGCCGCUACCUAUCGUUAUUUGUGCCGUCUGCCACCUCCCCAAGUUCAAGCACAAGGACGCCAACAGUCCGAAAGGGGGAUCCUAUCUGUCCGAGAUCGUCGCCCUGAGUCCGGGUGUGCCUGUAAAGCUGGAAGACUUCAAUCCCAUUUGGAGCACGACUGACUGCUGUCGCAAAUUUGUCUGCAACACUUGCCUGUCAGCAGCUGUGGUGGAGGGAAUACGCCAUCACUGGUGGUACGACCUGGCUCACGUCGACUCUCCGUGGUUGAAGUGUCCGGUGCCGUGCUGCACGUACAGUCUCCCGUUACAAUAUAAUCUCGAUAUCCUCGACACUCUCGAGGAAUUAGGUGUUCCUAAUGCUGUCGCAUAUACACAGCAGUUCGAGCGUGCCAACCAGCUCCGCUCGGCCCUGCAGGCUCUACCGUCCUGGCCGGGGAAGAGAGAGGCCCGUCUUGCUAUAGCCUUGCAUGACCGCCUUGUCAAGCACACGUCGAUGCGGCCUUUGCUAGAAAACGUCUCUACAAACACGGAUACCAACACUAUGCCGCCCAGGGUUGAGUUGCUGCCAAUCGAUACUGCAGACGGCCAAGCCACGCUGCAGAUACCCAUCUUCACUCACCUACUCCGUCCGAGAGUACCACGCGACUGCAUAGUUUGCGCAGAGACACAUGACGAGUUUACCAGUGGUUAUCCUCAGCUCUGGAAUAGGGCAAUCAAAGGAUUCACGGGCGAAUGGACAUGGCGAAUCCUGUUCUUUCCCACGGCGGAAAUCCUUCCGGACUGCCAACAUGAGUUCCAUAUCUGCCGCAAUUGCCUCGCGACGCACAUCAGCACGCAGAUCGAGUCACAAAGCCGAAACGCUGUUGACAACAUCGCCUGCCCGACGCCAGACUGCAGCCACAAGUUCACGCACGCCGAAAUACGCAACCUCGCCAGCCCCGAGACGUUUGCGAAGUACGAUCGCUACGCUGUUCUCAACACCAUUUCGCUCCUCUCCAACUUCCGGUGGUGUCUGCGCGAGGGCUGCACGUUCGGCAGCCUCUACGACGACCCAUCGACGACCAGUACGCAAUCAGUGUCAUCCCACGACCCUAACCAUAUCUUGUGCACCGAGUGCACCUUUAGCAUGUGCUACACCUGCCAGACGCCAUGGCAUCACUCGCUGACCUGCGCUGAGUACGAGUCCCUCCGCGCGCACGGCGACCCGCGAUACAUGCACACACAAAAAUGGAUAUCCCAGAAUACGAAGGGCUGCCCGGGCGCGGACUGCGGCGUGCCGGUGCAGAAGGGCUCGGGCUGCUUUCAUAUGACGUGCAGCGAGUGCAAGCACGAGUUCUGCUGGGAGUGCCUGGCGAACUGGGACGACAUUGUGGUGUAUGGGAGAUUCAGGCUCGAGGGGCAUCGCGUGGGAUGCUAUUUCAGGGGCGAGGACGCGGUACCGCCAACGCAAGUGCUGGGGAGGGAUCUGGAGAGGGGGUUGACGCGGCUAGGGGCGGGGCCUGUUGCUGCAUAG